GAGGACCAUACGUGACAAAGUUCCCGAUUCACAGGCGCCAGCAGGAACACAAACAGCUGGAAGAUCCAUCUUCUUAUAGUUUUUGACCAAAAGUCUUAAAGGGAAAGUGCAAAAGUUCAAGAGGGCUAAUUAAGAAUUGGCCAAUGCCAGAAAAGAGCAAGUUUCUUUUAGCUCCCUGAUCUCACAGCUUCACAAUCACAACAUAAACUAGCAUUAUAACCCUGUAUUCAGGGAAACAGAAUGCCAGCGAAGACACCCAUCUACUUAAAGCCUUCCACACCAAAGCGGGGCAAAAAAUUUAAACUGAGGGACAUGCUGUCUGGGGACAUGAUCAGCUCACCGCUGGGAGACCUGCAGCACAACGCCCAUGUUGGGCCAGAAGGGGAGGGCGACAUGUUUGGGGAUGUUGACUUCCUGCAAGGCAAACUGGACAUGCUGCCUUCCCUUGCCCGCCCACUGCAUUCCGGAUCAGACGCAAUGGGUCGGCGCCUGGAUAACGUGUAUGAGGCAGACUCUAAAGGCCUGCACCACAGUUCCCAUGGUAACUCUAGUCAUGCGUCUUUUCUCAAAAGCACAAUCUCCAUGCCUUCCUUCCUUUCUCCAGAGCAAGCUCCUCCCAAGCCCCCACGUCUGCACUUAGCAGAGAACACCUCCCCGGGGCUACACCAGCAGAAGCAGCAUUCCCUGGCUGUGAGCAAGGAAGGGGUGUCAGGCUGCAGGGAACCUUGCCAAGACCUCUCCCUGUCUGCCUCCAUCCCUGUGCUGAGGCACCUGGCUCCCUCCACAGGAUCCUUCUCUGAGCCCUCCUCCGAUGACUCUACGUCAGACUGUGGUGGCCCGCCCGAGCCGGGUCGAGGACUGAGCCUGGACUUCGAUGCAGGCCUGAGCAACGAGGACCUGCGGAGUGAGUUCAGCGAGUCCCCCGCACUCUCUCCAACACUCUCUCCCACACUCUCCACAGCGUCUUACCCCACUUUGUCAUGCUCUGGGUCCCUCACCACUCUGGAUCUGGACCUGGGGCCGUCCAUUCUUGAGGAUGUUCUUGAGAUCAUGGACCGUUACAAGAGUACAGAGGAGCAGGGGGAGCUGUGAGCUGACUGAAGGCCUUUGAGCAUUUAUAAUGUAGUGGUCUGUGUAUGACCUUGAACUUGCUAAGGUCACGCUCACUGGUAGUACACAUCUGACACUGUAAUGACUUGUUGUGAUGGAAUGUCCGCAAACUGCAAGCGUAGAGCUGCACAGUAUGGACAUAAUAUCAAAAAUAAGGUGGCGAAUCCUUGUGGUGAUGUGGUUGACAUGUUUUAUGUAGACCAAAACAUUGUUGGUUGUCAAGUCACACGAAUGAUUACUAAUCUGGAAUGUCCAAGACUGUUCGCACAACAGAGUUUGAAAAAAUGCUUUAUGAGAAGACUUAAUUGCAAAAUGCAGUGUUCUGUUAAAUCACUAUUGCAAAGACAAAUGACAAAAUGUGUGGCACCAUUCUACCUUUCAGAGGCUCUUAAUCAAGUCAUUUAUCCUUUCAGCAAACCACAGAAACUAUGAUUUGUCACUGAUAAUAAACAAAGAAGAAUUAUAACAAUGUCUGUUACUGUGUUCCCACUCACUGGAAUUGGAGAUACAGAAUCUUAAACAGCACUUGUUUAAUUUGUUUUGUACAUCUACUUUGUUACAUUCAAUAUAUAAAAAGAUGGUAAAGAGACUGAAAUUUUGGCUGCCUUGUGAUUUGGAGGUGCAAGAUUUAAAAAAAUGGGACAAAAACACAGCAAAAACUCAGUAACAGCAUUCUGUGGUCUUGCUUGUUACUUCAAGCAAAAUGUAUCAGUGUAACUAACUUAUUAACUUGGAUCACUGAUGUCCAUAUUCAUAGGUUGCCUAUAAAUUCAAAGAUAGUUAUUAAUGAAGGCUCAUUUUUAUCUUUCUUUGAGUAUUAUGUCACAGUGCAUUUCAUUAUUGAUGUCUUAUUAUAAUGUGAGAUAUGAAAUGAUCAUGAUGAGCAUGUAAAUAAAAUAUUAUAAACCA